GAGCGCGGCGCUGCUGAGCCGAUCCCGCUGCCCCCAUCCGGAUCUCCCGGGCGGGACGGAACCAGCAGGGCGGCCCCGGGCCGGGCGGCACCGAGCGGGGCACGGGAGCGCAGCGGAGCGGGGCGACGAAACGGCGGGGGCUGUCAACGCUGCCCGGCGGCGAUACGGCGCUGAAACUGAGCCUCAACUUGCCGCAGGAAGGAUGGCAACACCGGCGGAGCUUCGGAGCUGCCCAAGGAGCCGGGGAGCCUCGGUUUUGUGCGCCGCGGUCUAAUACGUGGGAGUAAAAUGGAAUUUCUCACCUGGGUUUUUCCUGCCUUGGUCCUGCUGUGCACCCAGCAGCACAGGUGCAUCAGAGCUAUGACUGACAUUGGAGAUUACAUAGGCUCCAACAUCGAAAUAUCCUGGUUACCCAACCUGGAUGAUCUGAUGAAAGGCUACGCACGUAAUUUCAGGCCUGGGAUUGGAGGUCCUCCUGUUAACGUUGCUCUUGCAAUUGAAGUAGCCAGCAUUGACCACAUCUCAGAAGUGAACAUGGAAUACACCAUGACAGUAUUUCUGCACCAGAGCUGGCGGGACGACCGCCUGUCCUACAACCACACCAAUGAGACCCUGGGGCUGGACAGCCGCUUUGUGGACAAGCUCUGGUUGCCAGAUACUUUCAUAGUAAACGCCAAGUCUGCCUGGUUCCAUGACGUGACUGUGGAAAACAAACUGAUCAGGCUCCAGCCAGAUGGAGUCAUCUUAUACAGCAUAAGGAUUACCUCAACGGUGGCAUGUGACAUGGACCUCUCCAAGUACCCGAUGGAUGAGCAGGAAUGCAUGUUGGACUUGGAGAGCUAUGGUUACUCUUCAGAGGACAUUGUCUACCACUGGUCAGAAAACCAGGAUGAGAUCCAUGGGCUGGAUAAGCUGCAGCUUGCUCAAUUCACAAUUACUAACUACCAGUUUACAACAGAACUGAUGAACUUCAAAUCUGCAGGGCAGUUUCCCAGGCUGAGUCUCCACUUCCACCUCCGACGAAAUCGAGGUGUUUACAUCAUUCAGUCCUACGUCCCUUCUAUCUUGCUCGUGGCCAUGUCCUGGGUGUCCUUCUGGAUCAGCCAGUCAGCUGUGCCUGCCAGGGUGUCCUUAGGCAUAACCACUGUUCUUACAAUGACUACACUGAUGGUCAGUGCCCGCUCUUCGCUUCCACGAGCAUCUGCCAUCAAGGCACUUGAUGUUUACUUCUGGAUAUGCUACGUGUUUGUCUUCGCUGCACUGGUAGAAUACGCUUUUGCACAUUUCAAUGCUGACUACAUGAAAAAGCAGAAGAACAAGAUCAAAGCGAGAAGGCAGAGUGGAGAGAUAAACGUGAAGAAUGCCAUUGUUCUGUUCUCCCUCUCCAUCGCUGGUGUGAACCAGGAGCUGGCCAUUUCCAACAGGCACCACCGAAUCCCCAGAAGUCUGCCUGGAUCAUAUGGCACAAUAGAAAUAGAGACUGGAGAGACUAAACAGCAGCAAGAGAUGAAACUGGAUAAAAAGAGUGGUCUGAAAUCCCUCUUUAAGCCCAUUGAUGCUGACACCAUCGAUAUAUAUGCCAGAGCAGUGUUCCCAGCAGCCUUUGCAGCAGUCAAUGUUAUAUACUGGGUUGCCUACACUAUGUAAAAAGCCCAGAACUUUGUGAAGAGCCAAGAACUGAACAGUACCUACACACUAAGCAGUCCUUGCUGAAACUGUACUGUGCCAUCUCUUCUCAAAAUAUUUUCCAGUGACCUUGAGACAUUUCUAGUCAAGAAACUCCUGCAAUCAAUUCCUACUAAAGCAGCAAGAAAAACAGUUUGUUACCAAUCUGAUUUGAUACAUUAAGGACUGUACUCUGCUCAACAAUCCCAGCUCCUUUUGUUUCCUCUCUUACCAUGAGAAAACAUUUCAUAUGUACAUAACAGCAGAAGUUUAAGUCUUGAACUACCAUGUUUUUUCUCCACCUGAAGCACUGGUAAGUAAUGAAGGUUUAGCCUCUCAUGCUCAGAGCAUUUCGUUUUUCAUAGUGGAACAGCUAAUUCCCAGCUUCCACACAAGUGAUUUUCUGUGGAAUGGUCUAACUUCAAUGCAAGUGGCAAAGUUGGCAAUUUUAAUCACAAAAAUCCCAUGGUAAAAGUAAAAAUAGAAGCGAGUGGGGGUUUAUUGAAUUUACCUUUGUCUUAGAUAAAGUAUUGAAAACAUUUCAGUGCUCUUAGUCACAGCAUGAAAUAAAAUACACUACAUGGAGUUCUACUGAAUUGUUAAUAAUGACAGCGUUACAUUUCAGAUCUAAGCUAAUGAAAGAUUUAACACUUGAGCAUAGUAACCUUUGGUACUUCAGUGGGCCCCAACGCAGGCAAAAGUGGUUCAGAAACGGAAAGCUCAGCCUUUCUGCAUUGGAUCACUAACAAUUUCAGAGGAGCUUGGUAAUGAAGGAACUCAAACUCCAUUUUCAGGAAGGAUUUUAGAAUUUCCUGUAUGAGUUUCAGUGGCAAUCUGCCCUACGUGCCUCUGAAAAUCUCCUUUUUGCACCUGGCACAAAAUAGCUGAGCAAAGUUCAAAGGUGUCAUAAAUGGCUUUAAGUCAUUCAGUCGCUUUGGAUAUUUUUGCCGUUUUUAUUCUAUGGCUGACAUAAUGUUAGGCUUCUUCACUUCCCUGUUUGACAGUGAAAUGUAUGAGAACUCAGACGCACCCCUCAACUCAAGACUGGAUCCUCUCACCACGCUCAUACAAAUAACACUUUGUUCUAUGAGUAACUCCAGGGAUCCGGCAAAUGAAGGCAGUAUUCAUAGCAAAUACAAGUUUCAUAGUUAAUCUCUAUCAAAAAAGCACAGUAAAUAGAUUGGGAUAUAGAUUAAAACAACAGACGUAUUUAAGGCACUUUUUUGGAUUUUUUUUUUUCUUCCUUUUUGGGGGGAUUCUGGUGCCUUGAAAAAUAAGGUUGUUCCAAACCUGGAGAAAGAAGAUGUAACACAAAAUAUUACAUGAGGGAAGGAGUGAGGCUAAGGAGAUGGCUGAAAGCUGUGGAAGGGAGCAUGGGGAUGUGCAAGAUGAAAUAGGACACAAGAUGUAAAUGAGAGAAGAGCAGUGCUGGGCUUGGAAGAUGGGCAUGGCUGAUGGAAUUGCAACGAGGAGGAAACAAGCAUUGGCUCACGCAUCCCUCCCACCUUACCUAUCUGUGACACAUGGCUCAAUUUCAUAUGACCAGAACUGAAAGAGCAUUUUAAGGCAAAUUUAUGACUUCAAAAGAGAUUUGCUCAAUAUCACUGAAGUAAGAGAAUGCACUGAAGAAAAAUUAAUGACCUGAACUGAGCUAUGAUAUGAACUAUGAUCCCAUCGUAAGUCAGGCUGAGGAUCACGUGGAUUAUUUCUGUUCUAAUGGAAACCCUUUCUGCCAGCCACGUGCUGGAAGGUGCAAACCAUCACCCAGCUAUGUUUUUUCCAGAAAGUUCUCAUCAAUCUGGCCCUGGACUGAGACACCUGGAUUUUGCACUAAGUUCUUGUCACUGAUGUGAGGAUGAACCUUCCUGGAGUCAUUUCAUUGCAUCAUCUGCAAAAUGGGUAUAAUUAUACUGAUUUCUUUACUAAGUCUUUGAGAUCUACAGAAGCAAAAUCCUUUUGAGAGACACAGAAACUGUCAGGUUCCAACUAGAUACAUGCACUCAAAGUGCACAGCGGCUGGUUAUUCAGGGUAAUUAGUGAGAAAGUGGCUGCAUACAUUCUAAAGGCAAUGUCUAAUCUAAUUACUUCAGCAGUAAGAGUCUGUAGUUGUGCACCUGACACAAGUCCUUACCCUGAAGUCAACUGAGGUAAUCACAGGGGGUUAUUGGACAAAAUUAGCUGCUUCUCCACCUGGGUGCCAGUCACCAGCUGCACACCCUGCUGGCUUCUUCAUAAGGUUUAUUCAAUGCAUUGUUCUGUAUUUGUCUGCAGACCUUCAAGGUGCACAGCUAUUGGUGACUGAUCAAGGUAAAGGGUGGCUAUGGUCUUUUCCUCAUAAAAAUCCACAAACCUAACAACAAAAACCCCCAAAACCACCACCCAGGACAAAACAAAACAAAGAACACCAAAACCAAAACCAGAAUGCUAGGCUGUCACAUAAAAAAGCAUAAAAAAAAAGGGGGGGAAACCUCAGAAUAUUUCAGGAAGCCAGAAUGUGAGAAUACAUGUGGCAGCUGUGUCCACUCCAGGAAUGAGGUGACUCAGAGGGGAGAACAGGCGUCCCUGCUGCUGCAGUUGCAGAGCAGCACAAGGCAGAACAACUCCAUUGUGAAGUUACAGUUUUUGAAAUGUGUUUCCAAAGCCAGAAAUAAAACAGAUGCCUUCCAGAUUCUUCUACAGGAGGGAUGUUAGUACAGGAGUAUUGUGUCAUUAUUGGAAUUUUGAAUUAAACUGAAGCUUCUGUACAUUUGAGAUUGUUCCACACUUUUGAUUUUUUUUUUCCCAUUUGAAAACCAUUAUACAUUAUUAAUAUCUGAGGACAAUGCCCUAAUCAACUCUAUUUUUAUGGCACACUUAAUAAACAGAAAUAAAUAAGCUAAAUCUGAUGUCACUGGAAGGCUAGCAAGCUUUGGAUGGGUUGUGCUAAUAUCAGGAAGGAAAUACAUAUAUAAUAUAUAUAUGAGGACUGUACCUGGAAGAAUUUGUAUUCCUUUCAUCAAAGUAGAGUACUGCUCUAAAAUCCUGGGGUGUCUGUGAGAAAGAAAGAGGGAUACGUAUUAAUGUAAUCAUUCUCAAUGUGAAGUGUUAAUAAAGCAUAGUUUGUAUAGAAGUUGUAGCUCCCAUAAAAUGGACAAAGCAGACAUUCCAGCUAUUGAACCGAAAGAUAAAAGACAUUACAAGGAAAAUCAAAAUAACCUCAGGGAUUUCAUCCCAUAAUGAAGUCUUGCCUUUUCAGCACCCAGAGGCUCAUAAAACUCUCAUUUGGCCUCGACAACAGAAGAGAAAGGACCAUUCUGUACUCAUGAGUGCUUUCUGUCGGGCUCUUCUGCAGACUACUGAAUUUAUAUUAAAAAAUAGCUGUUGCUACCUAAAGAGGUUGAAAAGAAACAAGGCACAAGAAGAACAAGGCAUUGCACCAUUAGUUUGAAAGACAUCCUUGCAGUGACAGCACUAUUAAAAGGUUAAUAUACAGAUAAGCCUGUCCUGUUUCUGGGCAAGAAGGAAGCAUUUAUUCAAGGUAAAGUGAAAGCUCUCACAUCAGUUCUUAACAGGGUUCCUAAUCCAACAGAUAAUGUAGCGAAACCAAUUUAACUCAAUGAGGCUUCUGCUGUUGGUACAACAAAGCACUUAAUAUGAACACUCUCAUUUUAAAUAUUCAGUCAUUAACCUAAGAAAGCACUUCACAUUAAGAGGAAAACAGCACCCUGUGCAGAUCUGCCUGUGCAGCAGAACAGAUAACAAAUGAUUACUGAAAGUUUCUUAGGAUAUUAAAAAAAAAACCUGGAUCUCCCCUGCGCUCUCUUGGUUGUAAGGCUUAAAACACUUGCAAAGGUUGUUUGAUGAUACAGUAACACUGUGUGCAAUGUGUUACAAGCAUACCUAGCUAGCUCUUCCUAAUGAAGACUGAACAAUUCUGGCAAUGGAUGUGUAUCUAUUUGGAAAAAUUUGGCAGCUGAAAUGCAAGCCACUGCCUCUUUCUGCUGUUAUAGCUUGUGUCUUAAAUGAAAAGACUUUGAAGACCUAAGCUCAUCGUUACAUAAUGCAUUAAGGAUCUGUCCUCUCCUUAUACAAGCUUUAUGUCAUGGCUAUUCCUUUUACUAAGUCAUGCACAGUUAAAAACAAAUCCGAGAAGACAGCAAAGUGCUCUGUCAGAAAAUACAGCACCAACAGAACUAAUCAGAUGUUACUGGAGUUCCCUGUUCAGCAAAUCGGCGGUCCAAAAAAAGAGCUCCAAACAUUCCUGAUCUCUCAGGUACCUAAAAACUUUUGGUCGUUGCAGAUGUAGGACCAGCCAACGCACAGCAGUGACUAAUGCUAUUGAAGCAAAGACUUCUCUGCCCACAGGUCCAGCCUCCAUCUUUUGGUAUAAAGCCUGUCAUGGAUCUCCUACAUACCUUCACCUUUUCCUGAGAUGAAAAGAGUACUGGAAUUACCUUUGCUAGCAUAAAUACCAUGAAGUCCUCAAUUUUCAUGCACCAGGUAAACCAGAUGGGGUGAAGAGGACAUUUUUCUUUACAAUAUAAUAAAUAAUUGGCCAGCUGGGAACAGACAUGGCUGGAAGCUGCAAACAAAUACAUAGUCCACUGGGUUAUGCCAGUAUUAGAAUUACCACAGUCCUCUAAGAUUAAAUAAAGAUUGAACGAUGGAAUACAGAGUAAUCUGUAAAACAUCUGGCACGAUUCUCCAUCCAGGCUGUUCUUCCUUUGUUGCUGUUUCUUUCAGAGUGAGGCAAACACACAAGAUCUAUUUCUGCACAUCCUACCAUAGUUUUUAGAUACCUACGUAGGAUUUCCCAGCCCUUAUCUUUCCAGGUUAUAUGUACAACUAAUAUAUAUACACAUAUAUGAGCUUGAAUAUUUGGAAGCCAGAAGGAUUCUUCAUAUAUUUUGUACACCAUAUCACAUAUCAUAUUUUUAAAGUGAACUUCUCCUUUACAAAGAACAAACAUUUAACAAGUCUGCUACAAGUACUUCUAGAUUGCCUCCAGUGGUGUUUCUGGGCACUCUUAGUGAGGGAUUCAUCAGACCCUUUCAGGAUGUGGAAUACACUGCAUUAAGAGCGAUCGCCUUUCAUUCCAACUGAUUGGUGGCUGGACCAACAACGAGAAUUCAGAAAAGCUUAAUUAGUCUGGUCCAAGAAAAGCAAAACAAAAUAAGACUCUAGAAGAACCAAGGUGAAAAUUUGAUCCCCAGGGUUUGUUUUUUUGAUUUAAAUUUUUUUUUAUUUUACCAUUUUCUUCCAUGCUCUGAAUCAACAGUUCCAAGUCUUCGGUGGCAGAAACACUCAUUUCCUUUCUUCUACACUUUCACUGUCACCUUCCAGAAGGGGAAUUUGUUUCUGAAGGAUUAGGAUCAGGGUAUGCAGCGAGAAAAAAGAUUUACAGUACACUGUCUGCUGGUGUUCACACGGAAAAGGAAGACAGGUUAAAAAUAUGUUUCCACAGAGACGGGCUGUCGAAAUAUCUUGCAAAAAUAAAUAUAGAAGCAUACAGGUUUGGUUUAAUUUAUUUUAAAUGCAUGUAGCUUGGUCUACCCAUAGAAUCCUUCCUGAAACUCCAGGUCAAGAAAAGUGAGUUAGCUUCUGGGUGCUUCCAUUGUGCAUGAAAGAGACAAGUAAGGAGGUAUUGUCUUAAAGCAGCCUUGAAACAUCAUUCAUUUUGUCUAUUUUAAGAGGCUAUCCAACAAGUGAGAAAAUCAAUAAAGAACAACCACAGUGA